AUGUCUCGAGCUGGUGUUUCGAAUCGUUUUGUUAUUGUUGCUAAAGAACAACCUACUGAAACGUUGCCUCCAAUUGAAUUAGACGAAGGUACCGAUUUAGUAUCCAUUGAUGAGGCACUUAAAUCAAUUGUGGCUGAUGUGCGCACUAAUCCAAUGAUAUGUGAGGCCAAGAGGAAAGCACGCCAAUCAUCGGACGGCCUGACUCUUAAUGAAUCAAUGUCCAUCUAUUUAUAUACAAUGGGAUCGCUCGAGGAGAAUAAUUAUUUUUACAAAUUAUUGAAUGAGAAACUUCGUACUAAACAACGGGAGGAUCUGAAACCGUGGCUCUCGUACUUAAAAAAUUUUCUCACUGGACUUCACAAAUUACCAUCAAUACAAACAAAAGUCUGGUGUGGAUUUCAUGGUAACAUUGAUGACUUUAAUAAAGAAAAUAUUAUAUUGUGGGGUUUCACUUCUUGCACCACCAUGAGAGAAUCAAUUGAACCGCGUUUGGAUCAAUCCGAUAAGCGCAUUCUGCUUUCAAUCGAAUGUAUCAACGGAAAAGACAUUAAAUCUUUUUCUAAAUAUGACGAUGAAAACGAAGUAUUACUUGUACCAGGUACUUGUUUAACUCUCCAGGGAGUGCCUAGACAGGCAGAUGGUUUAUACACUAUCCAUUUACAAGAAACUAAUUCACCACAUCAACUGUUCAAACCACCAUUCAACUUAUCACCGUCAGCAGUCGACGUACGUGUUCAUAAUAUACGCGAAGAUUUCAAGCCCAUUUUCUCAAAAUCUCCAGAUGUACCUGUAUCAUCUCCUGUCGAUAAUUUAGAUACGGUGCAUACUGAUCUUGGUUCUCCUACAACUCAUAACGAUGUUGUCAAUGGCCGGACUAUCUCUGCUUCGAAAAAUAUGAAACCUGAUGAAUCAAUUCCAAAGGACAGAAAGGAUGACCAAGUAACACCUUCUAACGAUUCAAACAGUAAUCAAAUGCCGGAAGAUACUGAGGAAGAUAAAAAGAAGCCCGUUGCCAACCGGAAACGUACUCCAUCGCCACACACUCCAUUAACUGAUGAAGUAAAGACUACUAAUAACUCAAGCAGCAAUCAAAUCAAGAAAGCUAGAGCAACAAGUGGUAAAAAUACGCCACCACCCAGCAAGCCAAGCGGUACUCCAGUGACUGAAGCAACAGCAAGUGGUAAAAAUACGCCACCACGCAACAAGCCAAGCGGUACCCCAGUGACUGAAGCAACAGAAACUGGUGAAAGAAAGACAUCCGCGCGAAGAAACAACGCUGAACUCGCUGCCAGUAACGCAGCUAAUCAAGCGCCGACUUCUUCUGAAACAGAGGAUACCAAAAGAAAAAACGAUCUUGGGUCUAAUGAAUCUUCUGAUAACGAUGAUAGCUCAGAAUGUUCGUCCCAUGAAGAUAAUAGCACUUGGUUUGAUGUUCAGUUUCACGAUAACAAGCAAACAAAGGUAAAAAAACCUGAUGAGCUUCAGAAUGCAAUGAAUGUACCCGAUGUAUCAAUUAAUCGCGAAAUUUUGAAUCGUAUUCGAGGAUCUAUGACAGGAAUGGCUUUAGGUGAUGCUCUUGGUGCCCACGUUGAAUUUCGACCACAUCAGUUUUUAGUUAACAACCCAGUUAAAGAUCUUGAAUCUGGAGGAACAUGGGGUCUUACAAAAGGACAAUUUACCGAUGAUACUUCCAUGGCACUUUGUUUGGCUAAUUCAUUAGUAGCUUGUCAUGGUUUUAAUCCUUAUGAUCAAUUGGUUCGCUACAAAUGGUGGUACAAAUUCGGAUAUAUGUCGUCGACUGGAGAUUGUUUUGAUAUUGGAGCAGCUACUAGUAAUUCUCUACGAGAAUUUGCGCGUCGUCAGAAAGCAUUUGCCAAUGAAUUCAGCAUUCCCUUGACAGAAAUGGAUCGUCUUCCAAAUAGUGAACUACGACAGAAAUUCAAUGUUUAUUGCAGUGAAGAUGGUGUAGCAGGCAAUGGAGCUCUUAUGCGUCUUGCACCAGUACCAUUGUUUUUCUAUAGAAAUCCUCCAUUAGCUGUGGAAUAUUCUGGUAUUAGUGGACAAAUCACUCACGGAGAUAGAAAAGCGUACGAUGCAUGUCGUUACUAUGGUGCUUUAAUUGUUGCUGCUCUUCAGGGUUAUAAGAAAGAACAAAUACUUGACAAUAACUUUUACGGGAAGCACAAAGAAUGGUUUGGCAAAGAGAAACUUCACCCUGACAUUGAGUCAAUCUCUAGAGGAUCAUACAAAAAAGAUGGAUAUGAUGCUGGUAUUAGAGGCAAAGGCUAUAUAGUUAAUGCUCUAGAAGCUGCUCUGUGGGCAUUUUGGUCUGAUAAGAAUUCAUUUGAAACAGGUGCUCUCGCUGCUGUCAAUCUUGGUGAUGAUACAGAUACAACAGCUGCUAUCUAUGGUCAGCUAGCUGGAGCACAUUACGGCUAUCAGAAAUUGCCUAAGAAGUGGCUUCACUUUGCCUAUGCUAAAACGUUUAUGCACAAAUUAAGUAAAUGGAUUGCAUACGAAGGUGAAUGUUGGAAAAAAUGA